AUGCCACCAAUUCGUACUAAAUCCUCUCGAAAUUUAGUAGAGCAGGAGGGUAGGAUCUUAUUAGCUAUACAGGCUAUUCAGAAGCAAGAAAUUGGCGCUGUUCGUGCAGCAGCGCGUGUAUUUGAUGUGCCUGAAUCGACACUCCGUACGCGCCUUAAGGGUUCUACGAAUCGCGCUGAAACUCGCGCAAACGGUCAUAAAUUGACUGAAAUUGAGGAGGAAUCUCUUAAAAAAUGGAUUCUCUCUAUGGACUCUCGCGGAGCACCCCCUCGGCCUUCUAUUGUACGAAGAAUGGCGAAUUUACUACUCGCGGCGCGUGGAUCUACCCCGACUACUUCGGUCGGUCAAAAUUGGGUUGCAAAUUUCGUGAAAAGGCAUCCGGAGCUAUCGAGUCGCUUUUCGAGGCGAUAUGAUUAUCAGCGCGCUAAAUGUGAAGACCCAAAAAUCAUUUACGAAUGGUUUAAUCUCGUCCAAAAAACGAUACUUCAAUACGGCAUCGACCCCGACGAUAUCUAUAACUUCGACGAGACUGGAUUCGCAAUGGGCUUAAUUGCGACCGCGAAGAUCGUAACGAGGGCUGAAUACUACGGUCGGCGAGUACUUUUGCAGCCCGGAAAUCGCGCGUGGGUGACUACAAUUGAGUGUAUAAAUGCUUCAGGGUGGGCGCUUCCUCCGUGCGUGAUUUUUAAGGGCAAAGUCUAUAUCGAAUCUUGGUUCGAUGGCCGCCCGGAGGAUUGGCGCUUCGAGGUUAGUCCGAAUGGAUGGACUUCCGAUGAAAUUGGCCUUCGGUGGCUCGAAAAGCUCUUUAUUCCGUCUAAUUCUUCGCGUACGAAGGGGAAGUAUAGACUUUUAAUACUCGACGGCCACGGAAGUCAUUUAACCGCGGAGUUCGAUCGAAUUUGCGAAAAGAACGAUAUUAUCGCAAUUUGUAUGCCUCCGCACUCGUCUCAUCUUUUACAGCCUCUUGAUAUUAGCUGUUUUGCGGUGUUAAAGCGCGCGUAUAGUCGGCUUAUCGAGUCAAAAAUGCGGGCUAGAAUCAACCACAUUGAUAAGCUAGACUUCCUCGAAGCCUACCCGUCCGCGCGAAUUGAGGCAUUUAAAUCGGAGACUAUUAAGAAUAGCUUCGCCGCCGCCGGUUUAAUGCCUUAUAAUCCCGAUUGA